GGUUGCCCCCACCAAAACCACCUUUUAUGUCGAAAGACAGCAGUGUAGUUUAGUGUUAAGUUGAGCAAUGGCCAACAACGUUAGCCGCCUCCACUCCUCUCUCCUGCUCGUCUUCUUCCUCCUCCUCAUUCUUGCUUCUCAUCAUCUCAUUCAAGGCGCCGCUGAGAGCUCAAGAACUCCAUUGAUUGUUCCAUCCAGAAGAGAAUCCCACUCACAGGGUGGUGGAAGGAGAUGGGUGGACAAGAACACAAGAAGAUUAGUACCGAAUCCCGAGAGUCCCGACCUGUCCCAACCCAGAAGUGUUGGUGUAAGAGAUAAAUUGUUGGACGUGUUUCAACGGUCUAUCAGUUUUUCCAAGAACCCAAGAAGAUUAGAAGUACUGAACCCGAAUCCAAAGAGUCCCGACUUAUCCCAACCCAGAAGUCUGGGUGAAGGAAGUAAAUCGCUGAAUGUGUUUCAAUGGUCUACGGGUUUUCCCAAGAACCCGAGACGAUUGAUGAUAGGGUCAGUGGCACCAACCUGCACCUACAAUGAAUGCAAAGGAUGCAAAUACAAGUGCAGAGCUGAGCAAGUCCCAGUAGAAGGGAAUGACCCUAUAAACAGCCCAUAUCACUACAAAUGUGUCUGCCACCGCUAAUCUCAUCACCCCACUACAAAUUCUUUAAAGUUUUGCUCAGAAGUUCAAUCAGCUCAACCUGCAAAUUAGAGGUUUAGAAGAAAGAGUUGGCAGUGUGUUCAUAGAUUUAAGUUUAUUAUGAUGAGUUGAGGCAAUUCCAACUUGGAUUCAGGUUGCUCGAUAUGGAUUCUGUGAAUUUUUUUUUUCUUUUUGCUCUUUUUCUACGUUGGGAAGAGGUUUGUGAUGUCGUCCUGUUUGUUUAUCAUUUUUGUUUGCAUGUACUAAAGUGAGCUGCAGCGAUAGAUUUGGGUCAGAAGAUAAAUUUACUACAUUGCAUAGAAACAAGUGGAUGUGAGUUACUUAUUGCAGUAAAUAAACCUUGCCAUUUAAAUACAUA